AUGCUCGAAGCGGCUCUGUUAUCGCUUACCAAGAAGUUACUGGUUUCGCCGCCAAAAUUGACUAGUACAGACUUGCAUGAUGCGCUAUUAGUCAUACUUGAUCUUUUGAGGAAGUGCGAUAUGAAUGACGACGAAAGUCUUUCAAUUUAUACCAAGGUUUCCAGCUUUCUCACGGCAUUGAGAGUUACCCAACUUGAUCACAAGGCAGAGUACAUUGCAGAAGCUGCAAAAGCUGUCUUGAGACAUUCUGACCUUGUUGACUUACCUUCACCCGCUAAGAGCGAAUCACACCCUGAGAAAGGGCCGAUAACCUUGGAUAUUGUAGGUACCGGUGGUGAUGGACAGAAUACUUUCAACGUUUCCACAUCUGCUGCAAUCGUUGCCGCUGGUAUUCCAGGCCUAAAGAUUUGCAAACACGGCGGCAAAGCUUCAACAUCUAACAGUGGGGCUGGCGAUCUAAUCGGAACUUUGGGAUGUGAUAUAUCCAAAGUUAAUUCAUCGACAGUGCCCGGCUUAUGGCCCGACAACACAUUCCUGUUUCUGCUUGCCCCAUUCUUCCACCAUGGAAUGAGUCAUGUUUCCAAGAUACGUAAAUUGCUGGGCAUUCCAACCAUAUUCAAUGUGUUGGGGCCACUUUUGCACCCGAUCAGUCAUGUGAACAAAAGAAUAUUAGGCGUUUACUCAAAGGAGCUUGCGCCUGAAUAUGCCAAGGCAGCAGCCUUGGUGUAUCCAGAAAGUGAAACUUUUAUUGUUUGGGGGCAUGUUGGAUUAGACGAAGUAUCGCCGAUAGGCAAAACUACUGUUUGGCACAUCGAUCCGCUAUCAUCUGCUCAUUCAAAUGAUCAACUGAAAACCUUCCAACUGGAGCCUUCAAUGUUCGGUUUAAAGGAACACGAAUUGUCAGAAUGUGCCUCCUACGGUCCUAAAGAAAAUGCAAGAAUUCUGAGGGAGGAAAUCUUGUCCGGGAAGUACCACCUUGGAGAUAAUAAUGCUAUUUAUGACUACAUUUUGAUGAACACCGCCGUAUUGUACUGUUUAAGUCAAGGUCACCAAAACUGGAAGGAGGGGAUCAUCAAAGCAGAAGAAAGCAUUCAGUCCGGUAAUGCAUUACAUUCUUUGGAACACUUUAUUACUAGUGUGAAUUCCUUGUAG